AAACAUAAAAACUCUCCUUUUUUUCUCAUGUGGGUCAUGGUACAAAUUUCUGCAAGUGUGAGUAGACUGGGAUACCCAACUAUAACUGGUGGUCUGAGGCUUGGUCUCUUAUGUGGGUCGUGGUACAAAUUUCUCCAAUGUCCUACCUGCAGCUACAAGGCUUUCGUCAGGUCAUUUUAACUGCUGCUUCCUUCAACGUUUCCCUUUUCCAAGCCAUUGGAAAGUUUCUACUGAAGGCAGGGCCAUGCAGAACGUAGGAUUGACAGGCUUGACGUUUUGGUCGCCAAAUGUUAACAUUUUUUGUGAUCCCAGAUGGGGAAGAGGCCAAGAGGCCCCUGGUCAAUGGUAAGCCAACAUGUGCUGAUCCAAAUCUUCUUUAUGGGGUCAUUCGAGGCGAAUGGAAAUUGAAUGGAUACAUAGUUUCUGACUGUGAUUCAGUAUAUGAGUUCUUCAAUGGACAACACUAUACCAAAACACCAGAAGAAGCUGCAGCUACAGCAAUAUUGGCAGGUCUGGAUCUCAAUUGCUGGUGAUUCUUAGGCCAGCACACUGAAGUCUUGGUCCCACUAUGAUGAGUCGAAUAUUGACAAGGCUGUCUCAAAUAAUUUUGCUACUAUGAUGAGACUUGGUUUUUUUUUAUGGUGAUCCUACCAAGCAAAUCUAUGGAAAUCUUGGUCCAAAACAUGGUAUCCACUAUCAUAAGUACCAAUGACAAACAUGAACAUGAGAGCAGAUCCUUUGACGGGCUAUCCAGGCAGAACCUACAGAUUUCAUACUAGAGAAACUGUUUAUUCAUCCAAGAGCUCCAAGCAUAGUCCAUCUGCAGUGAAUCACUUCAGGCUCACGGUUUUUUACAAAAGUUUCUGAGUCAGCACAGAGACCAACAGUAUCCCAUUCAUAGUCACCUGGGAACUCACUAGACAAGUAAGACGGAAGCUCACUGGAGAAUGGACAUGGCCAUUGCCCAUGAGCUUAGGGGCAAAGGAGAAGAGCUUCACCGCCUUGCUAUUGGAAGUGGUGGGUGGAAAAGAGAAGGGGUCCAAUGGGUAUUAAUAGAUAAUUGGGGAUGGAUUUCCUUAUCUCAGUGAAAUCUACAUUCAGGAUUCCAUAAGAGCGGUAUUUAAAUCUGUCACUUCAUUGGAAGGUGUAGAUUUUAUUUGUUUGUUCUUUUUAUCCUAUGAUAUUCUUUGGACCGCUAAAUUCUUAUAUUUAUUUAUUGUUCAAUAACGAAUAUCGACGUUCCAUAUUUGAUUGAUC